UGGCUGAAGGUGCUGCUCAGAGUAAAAAUUUGCCAGGAUAGAGUACGCCUUUUGACCAAAAUACAUACAUACAUUUUCUUGUGCUGUAAAGCUCAGAGUAGUAAUUUUGAUUUUUUUCUAAGAAGUUGGCUCUAAUUUAGUGUGAUACACAAGUGGCUGCAUGAGUGCAAAUAAAUAAAGAUAACAAAUAAAUUUACAAACGCAGUUCCUCUGCUAGAGAAAUAUGAACCUGACACAGGUAUUCACUCUGAUGCUGAUGAUUCUUUGCACUUGUCUAUCGGUUGAACUACAAGCUAACGCAAAGACUCUGAUCGAGUUCAGUAAAGAUAGUCCUUAUGCUAUUACCAAGAACUCCAAAGCCUACGAUUUUCCCGCUUGCCAAAUCUACUGCUAUGGACCAUUAUUACAUACGGUUCAAAUGGCGAAACUAUUUCCUGAUUCCAAAACAUUUGUGGAUAUGAAACUAAAGGCAACACCCGAAAAGACAAUGGAGGAAUUUGAAGCGUUCAUGGCUUCUAAAAAUAAUACACCAAGUAGAGAUGAUAUAUUGCAGUUUGUUCAAGCUAAUUUUGGAGAGAAAGGCACAGAACUGGAUGUGUGGACUCCCGACGACUGGACUGAACGUCCUGACUUUAUAGAGCUUAUUCGUGAUCCAGAUCUUAAGCAAUGGGGAAUAGAUUUGAACAACAUCUGGAAGGAGCUAGGUCGAAAGAUGAAAGAAGACGUGCACAAGAAUCCCGAAUAUUAUUCCAUUAUUCCAGUACCCAAUCCUGUUAUCGUACCAGGCGGUCGAUUUAUUGAGUUCUAUUACUGGGACUCUUACUGGAUAAUUCGCGGCCUGCUGUAUAGCGAAAUGUUACACACGGCAAGGGGAAUGAUCGAAAAUUUCUUGUCAAUCGUGCAGCGUAUUGGAUUUAUACCGAACGGAGGUCGUGUAUACUAUUGGGGUCGCUCCCAGCCACCACUUCUCACAGCUAUGGUUAAGUCGUACGUGGAUUUCACAAAAGACGAUUUGUUUGCCAUUAAUGCGUUGGAGGUACUGGAGCACGAGUUUGAGUACUUCAUGAACAAUCACACAGUGCAGGCAAAGGGUUACAAUUUGGCUGCAUACCGCGACACGUCGACAGGCCCACGCCCUGAGUCUUACAGCGAGGAUGUGGAAACAUCAAAGAGCUUUGAGACAGAUGCGGCAAAAGAAGAACACUACAGCGAGCUAAAGGCAGCUGCAGAGUCUGGCAUGGAUUUCAGCUCGCGCUGGUUUAUUAGUGCUAAUGGCACAAAUUCUGGUAAUCUGACAAACGCCAAAACAAGAUCCAUAGUACCCGUUGAAUUGAACGCUAUUCUAUACUGGAACGCAAAAAUUAUCGCAGAGUUUCACUCCAAAGCCGGUAAUAUUGAUAAAAUGACAGAGUAUGAAACAAAAGCUAAGAAAAUUCAAGAGGCAAUACAGGCAGUAUUGUGGAACGAAGAUGCUGGCUGCUGGUUGGACUACGACUUGAUUAACGAAAAGCCGCGAGACUACUUCGUUCCCACAAAUCUGUCCCCCCUCUGGGUAAAGGCCUAUAAUAUUCCUGAUGCUGAGAGAAUUUCGAAAUCUGUCCUUAACUACAUUGCAAAAAAUAAACUGGACUCAUUUCCGGGUGGCGUGCCAAACACACUCUUGCAGUCAGGUGAACAGUGGGAUUUCCCUAAUGUGUGGGCACCUAUGCAAUAUAUUUUAGUCGAAGGGCUGGAUAAUCUGGGAACUCCAGAAGCGAAGGAAAUGUCCAAGCGCUGGGGUCAUCGUUGGGUAAAGUCGAACUUCGAGGCUUACCGGGAAACUCUUUCGAUGUUUGAAAAGUACGAUGCUGAGAAGUUUGGAGGACAUGGUGGAGGUGGCGAGUAUGGCGUUCAGACAGGCUUUGGCUGGUCAAAUGGCGUUAUUAUUGAAUGGCUGACAAAAUACGGCCGUCAAAUUACACUGAGCAAUACGGAUGCUGCAGCUCCAAGCAAACUUAUCAGUUUUCUGGCAGUGUCAGCUAUGGCAAUAAUAGCAGUAUUUGCUGGCCGACUCAUAUGGUGAGAAACUAUCAUGUGCCAACCGCAUUGCCAAAUUUUCUGACGUAAAUCAAAUCAUUGCUUACUUUGUUGAAUGCGGAGAUAGCAGUAUUAAAUUCCAAUGUAUAGCUUUCUUAUUGUGGAAGUUGUGGGUAUAUUUUAAAUAUAUCGGCUAUGUUCCAAUUGUUAUUAAUUGUAAUAUUGUAUUAGUUUUAGUAAAAUCUGAAUUGCUACAUAUAUGUACAUUAAACAUUAUCUUACCAAACAAAA